CUUGUGAACAAUGCACCUUCCAUCGACCGUUCCACGCGGCAACAGUGUCAGCCGAGACAGCGGAGUGGAAACAUGCCGGCCAAGCUAGGAUACUGGAAGAUUCGAGGCCUCGCCCAGAGCAUCCGCCUGCUCCUGGAGUUCACGGGGACCGAGUACGAGGAGAAGCUGUACGCGGACGGCCCCUCCGAGUGGCUCAGCGAGAAGGAGGCGCUGGGGCUGGACUUCCCCAAUCUCCCCUACUACAUCGCAGACGACGUGAAGCUGAGCCAGAGCAUGGCCAUUCUGCUCCACGUCGGCCGCAAGCAUGACAUGUGCGGAACGACCGACGCUGAACGAUCCACCAUAGAUAUGUUGGUUCAUGUGGCCGACGACAUCAGAAUGCACUACAGUCUCUUCGUCUAUCUUGAUUACAAAACCAAGAAGAUUGAGUACUACAGGCGAAUGCACAACACUGGAGAGAGAUUAUCAAAGUAUUUGGGCGACAAGAAGUGGUUUAUGGGUGACACAAUCACUGUCGUUGACUUCCUGAUGUACGAACUGCUGGACAUCCACCUGAAAGUGAAAGAGGAUUGGCUUCAGGACUUCAACAACCUUCAGGAAUUCCACAAGCGCUUCGAGGCAUUGCCAGCCAUCCAGGAGUACAUGGCUUCUCCUCGCUUCAUCCCAGCGCCGCUUAAUGGGGCUUCGGCCAAGUUUGAUAUCGUGUAGAGUGUCGUACGUUUGGCCUGCCUAAACAUAUGAAACAUAGGGAUAGGAAUUAAAUGUUUCUCUCACUCUCUGUCUCUAUUAUUUUUCUAUUUGUUUGGCUAUCUCUCUUCACGACUAGAUUUUGGAGUAUCUCUUAUGCUGGACUAGAUGUGUUUGGUCUCAGCUUUGAACUUCGAGCGGCGAAGAACUCGUAAGUUUAUGAACUCGUAAGCAGUUCUGUGUUGCAGUUGUUUCCUGCCGGCGGGGCUGAAGGAAGGGGCUUUUAUCUGGGAAAUGAUUUGAUUUAGGAGCUGCUGAGACAUGGAAACUGUGUGGCAACAUUAAUCUACUUCCUUGUAUUAGAUGAAGGUGUUAAAAACUUCCACACGCACAAGAGCAAUGAGUUACACCAACGUAAAAAACAAUAGGCAAAGACAGGAAUAUUGCAGAUGUUAACAGCUAUAGGGACGGCCUUCCCUGGUCUAGCUCCAUCAUAAUAUUUAACAAAUAUGAUAAAUACUGAAAAAAAAAUUCUUGGUGAUCACUAUAUAUACCCAGUUGGAUGUCCUGAGAUUUCUUAGAUAUAUUCUCCCUUGAACCUGUUGAUUUUUAACAUAAAAAACAUAAAGAAAAGACGUAGGAGUCAUUACCGCACACGAACAAACAUAGUCGCAUUGACAGUACUAUCCAAAAAAUAAACGAACAAAUUAAAUAAACACACACAUAUAUAUAUAAACAUACAAGCACACACAAACCCUACUUCGUGUUUAGAAAGAGACAAACAAGGAUUCCACUAUUAUUGAAAACUGGGCAGUUUGUGAAGCCAUCCACAUUUACUUUACAUUAAUGCACGGUUACAUGCAAAUACAGAAUAUAUAAUUGGUAAAUAUCUUAAUAGCGACUCAUUAGAACGGCAAGUAAAUGGAUUGAUUUGCAAAUACUGUUUGUGGGAAAGGUUUUUAUUAUUUCCAUAAUAUCCAUUUUUUAUACGUGUUCCUGUAAUUGUUUUCUUUGUUAAAAAAAAAUAUAUAUAUCAUUUGUACA